CACUGCAUGAAGAGAGAAUAGAAAGGAAAGACAUUAGAGAAGAAGUACUCGUGCUCCCCAUAUUUUCAUUCUUCUUCUUCUUCCUUCGUUUUUCCGAACCCUGAAAAAAAUCAAAACAUCUCUUGGUUCUCUCUGAAAUCUCCUUCUUCAAACUUCGAACCCUGAAUUUUUGUAUCUUCAUCGUUUCCAAUCUCUAUUACGAACCCUUGUUUGUUUUAUUUCCCUCCUUCGUUCGUUUCGAUUCAAAACCCUAAAUCGUCCGAGUCUGCACCGAUUCGGAACGUUGUAACUCGUCUGCCAAUUAUUUUUCCCCCUUUUUAUAUAACUCUCUUGCUAAUUCGUUAAACCUAGUUCAUUUUUAACGGUCUAAAUCUUUGCUCUGGUGUUGUUCAUCGAUUCCCCUCGAGUUUCGGAAGGCUGUUCUUGUUGGAAUUUGAAAAAAAAAGGCGGGUUUUGUUGCUCAAAUACGUAAACCUAGGUUCGUGUAAACUAUUAGGGCACCAAUUGUAAUUCGUGUUAUUGGACAUUGAAAUGCGGUAGUUUUUGAGUAGUUUGUCCAAGGUUGAAUUUUGAUUGUGAAUCUGAUAUUGGUUAUUGAGUUAGUAGCUGGUUGAUCUGCAAGUGGACGUAGUAAUUUGAUAUUCGUUAAUUGGAGAGAUUAGUUGAAUUUUAUUGAUUGUUGUCAUUGGUGAUUGCACAUUUGGAAGGGCAAUGGGAGUGGUUUAACUGAUGAGAAAAAGAUUUGAUUCAACUGGGAGAUGAGCGGACAUGAGUAGGCUGUCAUUUAGGCCUCGUCCUCUCGACAUUCAUAAGAAGCUUCCAAUUGUUAAAUCUGUUAAGGAAUUCGAAGAUGAUGAUAAUACUACCUCCACACGCAAUUCUAUAUUCCGACUUACUUCUGAGGUUGAGAAUGAGGUUCCAGCAACGCCCACUAAGAAAUAUGCUCCCGAGAUACCUACUCCACAGUUUGAUAUCGUGGAUACAUAUGAAAUUGAUUAUACCCCAACAUUUGGUCAGCCAACAUCUUAUUUACGAGGAAGGGGAGCCCGGGCUGAAAUUGGAGAGUUCGUUGAGUACGAUCUGGACAACGAGGAUGAGGAUUGGCUUCAAGAGUUUAACAAUGAAAGAGAGAUUCUUACAGCUGAAAAGUUUGAGAUUCUUCUUUUCAAGUUAGAGGUCUUGGAUCACAAGACUCGAGAAAGAGCAGGAGUUAUAAUACCUCUUGGUUCACCAGUUCCUGCUCUUUUACAGCUUGAUGUUGCCAUUGAGCUCUUGUUAGCGCAAUCUGUACGAUACAACGUUUGUCAAUCUGUAUAUAGCUACUGGAAAGAAAAGAGAGACCGGUGGCACAAGCCCAUACUUCGUCGGUUGCAGCCCCCACCACCAGUGAACGAUACCAAUCCGUACAAUGUAUUUAGGCCCAGGGAGAAAGCCCAUCGAUUACACACUAGAAGGAUGCAAAGGAGGGAAAACAAUGUUCAAUCAUUUGAAAAGCUACGUCAGGUCAGGCGCAACCUGGACCAGGCUAAAACAGUAAUAGAGGCUUUGAUCAAGAGGGAGGAGAAGAAAAGAGAGGUUAUGGAGAGUGAGAUCAGUCUUCAACGGAUUCAAACCAAGUAUAAGAAUGAGACUCAGCUCAUUGAAGAUGGUUUCGACUUACUGGGGGCCUACCCUCCAAGAUUCGGGUCCGAGGAUGAUUUCAUGGAUUCAGAUGACCUUUCAAACGGUUACUCCCGAAGCACUCAACCGGUUGCAGCACAGACUUCUCCUUUCACGGAUUCUAAGCUCAUGAUGGUUCCGACAAGUCGCUUGAGUAGACGACAACCAUAUCAGGGAUGGCUUCAGAGAAGGGAUCCAAAUGAGCCAGUUUUAUUAUUUACCAAACCUUUAGAUUCGGAGAAGUUGGCCAGUGCAGGGAUUGUUCCUCCCCCAAAUCCCCCAAUAGAAAAUGGUGGUAUGUCUUCACCGAAAUAUUGUUUCCGAGGGCGGAUUGGAAGAGGUGGCAGGAUCGUGUUUGAUAGGUGGAAUCCCCUCCUGCAAACCCCAAUUGCUCAUGAUAAAACUUCUUCAUAUGUAUCACCAGGUCUCAGGCUCCCACCUCAUCAUGGUUAAAUUCAUACUAGUUAUUCUACAAAUUUUUUUUACUCGGGGCUCAGCACCUGAGUUAAAAGCCAAAUCCAGGUGGCCAUCCCAAUGUGGUAGGCUGGUGAAUCCAUGUAAGGGAUUCCCGUUUUACCUUUUCAGUUCUACUGGUGGGAUCCGAGAGGCCAGAAGUUCAUCUAUCUUGGGAAGCAAAGCCUGGUUCGGGCUAUUUGUUAUUUUUGCACAGGCAGUGGAAAUGCAGUGUACCACGAUGACCAAGCAAAAAUCGGAGCACCAGCAAAUGAAUGAGACGGUGUAUGUUGACAUGAGCCCUAGACUUAGGUGGCUUGAAACCAGUUUUAGGGCAGUUGUAGAUGUUGAUGGUGAUGUUCAUGUCCUCUUUGCUGUUCAUUUUUGCUGUGUAGUCUCUCCCGUGACCGGUGGUUCCCUACCCCAUACCCGUAUUGUACAAUUAUGUCAUCUCCACCUGUUUCUUGUUCUACUUCAAGUUAACUUAGAACUCUCACAGAAAUGUGAUGUAUCCUCUCUUAAAGUUCGAUUUUGUUCAUCAUUUAACCCAGUGAGGUAAAAAUUUCACAUCA